ACUAACAAACUUUCCCAUGCCUGGAAUCCUAGACCCCCACGAUCCGAAAGUUCGAACACUUGCGGCGGGGUCCGUUACAACGAGCAUCCACAGACUCCUCCUGCACACGUGAUGGCCCUCGACUGGCUCAAACGAUGUCAACUCCUCUGGCACCAGCCCCAAAUGUCCGGUGUGAAGGGCAGCCCAGCUCCGCACAACCACCGGCACAGUCCCAAGAACACCCCACCUCCAGUUUGUAUAGUCCACCACCUGUUCGAUAAAAUUCCCCACUGACCCACUGACUACUGACUAUUGAUCAUGUACUCAAAAGAUCCUGAAACUGCUCGAGAAGGACGUAGGAGGGGAGAACGUGACGUUGAUAUGAGAAUGAGAGACAAGAAAUGUGAUAGGAUUAAUCGCUGGGAAUUGAAGGACAAAGCUGUGGCAUGUUUGAUAUAUACGCAUUUUGAAGGGCAAGAAAACAUACUUGAGUUGAUAAGGUUUCUGUUAAGAAUCUUAAGAUACAGGCGCUUGCUUGAAAAGAUGAAAAUUACUUGGUCCUUGAACGUGGAGAACCCAACGGAAAUAAUCAAAAAGGGGUUGAUUGAACAAGUUGGGUGAAGAUUGUUAAGUCUUACCUGCAAGAAACAUAUAUUCUUUUGGAGGAAACAACAAAAGAUAAAGAAGAAAAGAAGAGUAGUAGAGAAUUGGACAAAAGAUCUGAGAGACAUACUGGGACCCUCCAAAUAUCUGAUGCCUCACUCUAUCAUCAUUAGACUCUUUGAAUUGUGAUUGAGAAGGCCAUGAUUAUUGCAUGGAAUUCAGCACAUAUAUACUACCUUUAUCUCUGUCUCUCUUAUUGCUUCAAUUUGCAAUCUUUUUCUGAAGUUCUUUAGUUAUUACAAGUUAGAAUUUAAAACCCAGAAAUGAUGAAUGCUUUGGGUCCCUCACUGUCCGGUCCUUUUUCUUUCCCUGAUUGAAAUCUAGGGUUUUUUUUCUCAUAAAAUACUCAUAAGAGGUAUGGAAUUUCUUGCUAUCUCAAAGCAUGCAGGACCUCUUAAGGUUGAGUUCUCUCUCUAGUUGUACAGAAUUGUUCAGUUGCUGGUCAAGAAAGAAAAACUCCAUAGAACCAUCAAAUUCAAAUUCCCUUAUAAAUUGUAAAAUUGCCCUUCAACUAGCUAUUAGAAUCCUUGACAUGUUUUAUUUUUUUCCUAUGUUUAAUUGUCUUGUCUUUUGUAGGUUAAAGCUCUCCAAAGGAAUAGCAGCACGUGUGAGGAUUUGUCUGAAACAGUGAGAGACACUCAUGAAGUUGAACCAACUAUUCUGUAAUCAUUAUUUGGCACAGAGGAAGUCACUUAAGUGUGCCUCCCAUUCAUUAUAAUUUCAUCUUUCUUU